CCGCGCCGCGCAGCACCAAGCCCACUUUUCUUCUUCCCCGGAAGAAGCCAAGCCCCGGACGCACGCACGCCACGCGGGCAGCAGCAGCAGCGGCAGCGGCGUGGCUGCGCGGGCCGCCUCCUCUCUCCCCUCCCCGCCCCCUCCACGCCGCACGCUUCCCUUGCUCCGCCAUUAACCCCGCUCUCUCUCUCUCUCUCUCUCUCGCUCCCCGAGCUUGCUCACCCUCCCCCUCCCCUCACGCGCCCCACGGCCACCUCGUCGCGUCGCUAUAUAGAUAGAUAACCCUCUUCUCCAAACCCUAGCUGGAAUUCUCUUCUUCCCUUUCCAUGCGGCGCCGCCGGGUCGGGACGGGAGGGCUACUGCUGCUGCUGGUUUGAUCCUGGUUGGGCGACUGAGUUGGGUGGCUUGAUGUGCGUGGAGGGGAUGGGGAAUUGCUGGGGCUGGGGCGCGCGGAUCAAGGAUGGGAGCCCGCACCCGGGAGCCUCAGGGAUGUUCUCUAGGAGUGGUGCUAAAGAUGGGAGCAGGCUUAGUGGCUGCAGCAGUCGAGCGUCUUCAGCUUCCAUGCCUCCAAUGGGAAAAACUGAAUGUGAGAUACUGCAGUCAGCCAAUGUGAAGAUCUUCAGUUUUACUGAUCUCAGGGUAGCCACAAGGAACUUCCGUCCUGACAGUGUACUUGGUGAAGGAGGGUUUGGAUCUGUCUAUAAAGGAUGGAUUGAUGAGAAUACAUUAUCUGCUUGCAAGCCUGGCACUGGAAUUGCUGUUGCCGUGAAAAGACUCAACCAGGAGAGUUUGCAAGGGCAUCGGGAAUGGUUGGCAGAAGUUAAUUACCUAGGUCAGUUUUGUCAUCCCAACCUUGUGAAGCUAUUUGGGUAUUGCUUAGAGGAUGAGCAUCGACUGCUAGUGUAUGAGUUUAUGCCACGUGGGAGCUUGGAAAAUCAUCUCUUUAGGAGUAAGUUAAACAGGGCUUUGUUCCACUGCUCAUCUGCAAGCAUUCUCUUCAUAUUUCAUUCACUGUUCACCCUUUUCUCAUUAUUUAUAAAUUGCUAUAUGAAUCAUGGUAUAGGAGGCUCGCAUUUCCAGCCUCUUUCAUGGAACCUAAGAAUGAAGGUUGCACUUGGAGCUGCAAAAGGACUAGCUUACCUUCACAGUUCAGAGGCAAAAGUUAUUUAUCGAGAUUUCAAAACUUCCAAUAUUCUGCUUGACACAGAUUAUUCAGCAAAGCUUUCUGAUUUUGGAUUGGCAAAGGAUGGUCCUGUUGGUGAGAAGAGCCAUGUUUCCACUAGGGUAAUGGGAACAUAUGGUUAUGCUGCUCCAGAAUAUCUUUCAACAGGCCACUUAACCCCGAAGAGUGAUGUCUAUAGCUUUGGGGUGGUGCUACUAGAGAUGAUGUCAGGUCGUCGCGCCAUUGACAAGAACCGGCCCCAGGGUGAGCACAAUCUUGUGGAGUGGGCCCGACCAUAUCUCACACAUAAGCGCAAGAUAUUCCGUGUCCUGGAUACCAGGCUAGAAGGUCAAUACUCGCAUGUUGGAGCACAAACAGUUGCCACCCUUGCUCUUGAGUGCCUAUCGUAUGAAACUAAGAUGAGGCCUUCUAUGGACGCCGUGGUCACUAUUCUCGAAGAGCUUCAAGAGUCCAGUAAUGCGGACAGGAAACCAGCAGCACAGAAGAAUCAAGAAUCCACAGGUACAGGCAAAAAAGGCCCUACUGCAAGUGCUGGCAAGAACAGUAGCAAACCUCGUCGAAAAAGCUUGGGAGAGACUCGGGAAAAGAUUGGUCCAAAUCCAAAACCAUUGAUCCGCUCCCAUUAGCAAGGCAGAACGUGAGUGUCUUUAGUUGGUAGUUUGUAAAUAUGUUGUGCAUAUUCCUGAUUGUCAUCAGGCUCUUGGCAACGGGUCCUUUUUGUGCUUUAUCAUGGGCUUCUUAACUUCAGCUAACUGGAUGCUGUUGUAUGUCGAAACUCAUCAUGGCAUUAAAGUAGAGCUCAUGUUACAAAUC